GGUUCGGGUUUCCAUUCGUCACGGAGGCAGAAGUACGGCAACGUGUUCAAGACCCAUCUGCUGGGCCGGCCUCUGAUCCGAGUGACGGGUGCAGAGAACGUGCGUAAAAUUCUGAUGGGCGAACACACGCUGGUGACCACGGACUGGCCUCAGAGCACCGCCACGCUGCUGGGACCAAACUCUCUGGCCAACAGCAUCGGAGACAUCCACCGCAAGAGGAGGAAGGUGUUUGCCAAAGUGUUCAGCCACGAGGCCUUGGAGUCCUACCUCCCCAAAAUCCAGCAGGUCAUCCAGGACAGUCUUCGAGUGUGGAGCUCCAACCCCGAGCCCAUCAACGUCUACAGGGAGAGCCAGAGAUUGUCGUUCACGAUGGCGGUGAGGGUGCUGCUGGGAUUCAGGGUGUCGGAGGAGGAGAUGAGGCAUCUGUUCUCCACCUUCCAGGACUUUGUUGACAACCUCUUCAGCCUGCCUAUAGACCUGCCCUUCAGCGGGUACAGGAAGGGUAUCCGAGCACGAGACGCCCUGCAGAAAAGCAUAGAAAAGGCCAUCAGAGAGAAGCCGUUGUGUUCCCAGGGGAAGGAUUACAGCGACGCACUCGACGUCCUGAUGGGGAGCGCCAAGGAAAACGGCACAGAGCUCACCAUGCAGGAACUGAAGGAGUCCACUAUCGAGCUGAUCUUUGCCGCCUUUGCCACCACGGCCAGUGCGAGCACCUCACUAAUCAUGCAGCUCCUCAAACACCCUACCGUCCUGGAGCGCCUGAGGGAGGAGCUGAGGGUCCGGGGGCUUCUCCACAAUGGCUGCCUUGUGCCCGGAGAGCUGGGGCUGGACACCAUCGUGAGCCUCAAGUACCUGGACUGUGUCAUCAAGGAGGUGCUGAGACUCUAUACCCCCGUCUCAGGGGCCUACCGGACCGCCAUGCAGACCUUCGAACUCGACGUGA